CGAUGAUGAAGAUACAACCGGGAGUGGAGAAGAUAUUCAAUAACUUGUUGGAAUCUAAUAAUGAGUUUCGUAUAUUAUAUGAUAUACCGAGUCCUUCUAGUGCUCGGUUGGUGCUUUUGGUGAUGCCGUUUUCUGCUCACAGCAAUGAACUCCUUCUCCAGAAAAUCAUACGAAUGUUGCCGGAAAACAAAGACAUCAAGGUGUUGAUUGACUACUUCUUCAAGAUGCUUCAUGUUUUUAUGCCGUUGUUUGACGAGGAGAGUUUCAGGCAUGAAAUCGAUAUUUUGGUCGGUACUGAUGCCGACCAUAUUGUGAAGAUUCAUAAUGACAAAUCGUUUAUAUUCUUCGGGCAGUUGCUUUUGGUAAUUAGACUCAGUUACUUGAACAAUAGUUCUCUCCCAUCUGUGGAUGCAAAAGCUUUGGAACUAGCUACUGAAUGUGCCAAUCGAUAUGAUAUAAUAAGGUAUACGGAUCUCGAUUAUUUCCAGCUAUUACUCACUCUCAAAGUGUUCCACAUUACUGCACCAGAUAUUGGAGAAGGCCUUGAGCAAAACUCGUCGGGAUUGUUGGCAUCGGUCGUCAUUCAGAAAGCUUAUCUGUUGGGGUUGCACCGAGAUCCAUUGAUCUUGAAUCCCCGCGGUGAAGAUGGGAAGUUGUUCAAUUUGCGUCGGAAACUCUGGUACUUCACCAGCAUCACCGACAAUAAGACCACCGGACCUUCAGGGAAUGUUCUGAAUCAAUUCAAAUUUCUCCAUGAUACCAAGGCCCCCUAUAUGAAUGCAAUAAACUCCAAUAAUAUAGAUACUGGUCUUGAAGAAAUCACCCAAUUUGUUCUAGGUCAUGCUGAGAGCACACUAGAACGUAUCAAGCCAUUCAAGAAGUCGUUAUUCAACUUGGAAAAGAAGUUCAAGUUCAAGUCGCUCUCCAAGAAAUUCCAAACCCACGCCAAUAAUCUAAUCGCCGAUUCACCACUCUUUGAAAAGCUUGUGUCACACUCAGCUGACCCUGAACACCUUUUUAUGAAGUCUCUCAGGCUCCAGUACUAUCUCUUCAACAGUUGUUUUGCAUUGGCAUUCCGAGCCAGAAUGCUCUGGCGUAUUCUGAAAACGUCUACUGAAGAACGGUUUUUGCGUAAUUGCGUAGACCUUUGGACAAAGAUAUACCGGAAUAUUCUACCCAUUAUAAACGAAGUGUUGGUCGAGCUUCGUGAGAAUCAACCAGUGGGACAGGAGAGAUUAUGCCGAAUCGCCUUAGUUUUGCCAAUCCAAGCAGUGCUCAACAGAAUCGUGGAAUUACAUCUUGGGCUCUUGGCUAAUACCGGAGGAGAAACUCGCGAUGCGAUUGCACAAGGAACAGAGUUUUUUAUGAGCCUAAUGCUGGACUUUGCCUCGAGCUGCUACUACUCCUGGCGACUCGUGAAGAUGAACAACAUCAUCUACAACCAAAUUCUCCUGGAUUCGUACAGUACUCGGCAGAUUCCACAAGUGGUUGAAGUAAUUUCAAGCGCACUCGACGAUUUGCAGUUUGCAGAAACUCUUCGUGAUUUGAAUAUCCAGACAGGUGACCCAGUGUGGCUCCAGGUGUUGUCUAUCCGGGGUCACGGUUGCUGGAGAGACACUAGCGCUUAGAAAGUAGAAUAUUAAUGAACACUGACGACAUUUCAUGCUCGCAUUGAUUGAGGUGCGCGAUGUCACUGCAGGUUGAUUUUUGUAUCACCAAUUUUUACAACCCUCUCGAAGGCAUUAUAAGGUUAGCUUGGCCUUAUUGGUUGUUUGACACUCAUCUUGCUGGCUCUUGAACUAGACUUCUGGUGUUUGCUCAUUUUUUAUUGUUCUAGUGUUUGUAUAGCUAUCCAUGCAUCUCACCCCC